CGAGUCCGCGAUCCGAGGGACCGCGCCGCGUUUCUCUCUCAGUCUCUCGCGCAAAGCGAUUUCGUGGCGACGUAUCGUUGCACACGAUAGAUCGUGGGCUGCUCCAGGUCUUCUUUACGUGUGUCCCAGUGUCUCUCUCUCUCUCUCUUUCUCUCUCUCUAUAUAUCUAUCUAUCUAUCUAUCUAUCUAUCUAUUCUCUCUUCUUCGCUCCUCUUUCUCACCUCUUUCGGUGACAGAGUGACAGUUUCUUGAUCCUUCCACCUUCGGUUCGGCCUCUCUUCGCACCUUCGGUUUUCGCGUUUCUACCCUGUCAGCUGCUGGAAGAUGAACACGCUGGCAACUCGGUUCACGGGGGAGCAUGGAUCAUCUUGGUAGGAAGGAAACGUGGUGGUUGUUCGAGAUAGCGGCGAAGAAGGGAUCGCAACAGGCCGACAGAGAAAGAGUGUAUUGCUAUUUUCGAGACGCCGUGGAGCCCGGCCAACGCGUGCGUCCGGUUUACGAGCUUGACGAGUGUAACGACGAAGCUUCGAAAAAGAAAGAAAUCGAGAAUCGCGAAAGGUGAAAGGGGAGAGAAUAUUUUCGGUGUGAAAAACGGAAGAUAGGUUUCAACGACGAUGAUCGAUAAGUUAAUGAUAAAUCGUGCGUUUGUCGUGGAUCGAAGACAGUGAAUAACGAGUUGAGUUUUAGUCAAGAGAGAAGAGAAAAAGAGAGGAUGCCUCGAACGAACACGUAGCUGUUGUUUUUUCUUUUUUCGAGUCACUUUGUCGCGAUGAUUGCUACUCUUUGUCAAUUAAUCGUCAUGGAGAUUGGCCUCUGGAGAGAUAGACGAUUUGUAAAUCAAAGUGCAGGUUGAAUGAAAUCGAUGGAAACAUUUGUUGUUCAGUGAGCGACGAUAUUUGCGAACGUAACACGCGUUUGAUUGUAAUCAGUGUACGAUGUUGGAAGGUGGACGUGCAGUGAUUUGGCUCCUUGUAUCAGCCCCACGAGCUGCACGCCACCCGAAAGAUUCACGUACUAACCCAGUUGCACCUAUUUGAACCCACCAGUUGCAGAGUCCUGCAUCGUAACCCCAUGACGCAUUUAACACAUGGCCCGCCUGGAGAUACCAAGUAUAGUGGUGCAUAAAGGCAGCAGCAGGUCGCAUAGCCGACCUGAGAGUCCCACGGUGGUAGUGCGAGGAGGAAUGCCCUCACUGCCAUCCUCUAGGCAAGGCUUUGUCAUAAGUGGCUCCAAUACAUCAUAUCAGAACAGCCCGGAGUCGGAUAUGAUAGACGGGAAUGCCAAUCCGAAUGUCGGCUCUUCUCCUACAUCAAAUUCUCAUCACCGUAGCUCGCCCUCCUGUCCUCCUGACAAAUCAGACACAGAGAACAAGAACUUUCGUACCAGGACAAAUACGAAAGUUAAGUUGCUGGUCAGGAGCCAUGCUAUGAGAGAGUCGACGUCUCCCCCGAGGGAGCCACACAACGGUUCGUCGUCUCCGCACAGUCCACAGUCGGUGGACGGUGAAAAAAAGUUCGUGGGCAGCCUGUCACCGAAUUCCACUAACGCCAAGCUCAAUAACAACGAGUCAAUGUUCAACAGUAAUCUUUGUCCGAAUCAAUCCCCGAAGCAAAUGCGUAACACAGCCACAUCGCCCACUUGUCGAACACCGUCACGAAAUGGUCAAUCUAGUCCCUCGCAAGUUCAGUCGCCAAAGAACAAUACCUCUCCAACAAACGGCAAUAAAUCGGAGAACCAGCGCUCCAAGAUGACAGGCUCGCAUGUGAUCCAGAAAUGCAAUAACUGCGUGAAGAACAAUCAGAAUGACCGGCCCGGCCUGCUUCAGACGCCUGUGUCACCAUCGAAGACCGGCCAGGGAUUGCAACACUCGCCGAAGAGCACAAACCUGGCUCAAAACGUGAACAAUCAGCAAAAAUUGGAACAACGUAGACCGAAUACGUUGAACAUCUGUAACAAUCAAUGUACGACGCAGUGUGGCAACACCUUGUCCGUGAGCAGGCCUGGUUCGCGGCACAAGCUCAGGCAUCAAAAUUCUUCCCAGGGUAGCUUUGAUAGCGCGUCUCCUUGCCUCUCGCGAGAUAGUAGUACGGAAUUAUACACAGACAGUACCGGAAUAGACCUAGAACAUUUCAUAGCGGAAACGAUAAAUCGUAAUCAGAAGGAUCGCACGGUGCUACUAAGAAUCGAGAAAGAUCUGAUAGAGUUCGCGAAGGACAAACAGAAAGUCUGUCACAAGUUUCCAAACAUGUCCUCUUACAAUAGAAUGCUGGUGCAUCGCGUGGCAGCUUACUUUGGCAUGGAACAUAACGUCGAUCAGUCCGGUUCCAGUGUGAUAGUUACUAGGACGAAAAACAUGCGAAUUCCAAACACUCGUUUCAAAGAACACAUCAGAGAUGAUCUGAUUCUAUCGGAAGAACCACGAAGAAGUAUUCUGAAGAGAGAUUCCAGCUCGUUUGAGGACAGUUUCAAUUUUAAGUCGCCUGAUAGAUUGUCCGGCGAUUAUUGUCGACAGAAUAAGAGUUUCGAAGAAAGGGAGGAGGAGUACGAACGUGCCAGACGAAGAAUAUUUAAGGACAGCAGCGGAGACAGUAGCGAAGUUACUUCCUGGCCUUAUUGGUCCUCUUCGGAAAGCUCUGACGCUUCUGCGAGAUAUCGUUUGUUACAUCCUUCGGAUCAUACAAUGAGAUUAUGCUGCGUGUGUAAUAGGCAAUCGAAGCUGUUGAAAGGGGAAUCUUUCGACGGAAGAGAAUCCUGUCGUGGUUCCGUGUUGAGACCAUCCGUUUCCAAAUCCUUUAGCUUUGGCGGUUACACCAGGGGGAUGCUUUCUAGAGGGGACAGUGUUACGUCUACUCAUAGCGCAGGGGCUCGUCUUAUGAAGCAAGACUCAGGUGCUAGUAUGUGUUCACGGCUAAGUCCUUCGAGCAGUGGCUAUAAAUCACAGAGUCAACGUAGCGAUGCCACAAUAUCGCCGUCUCCUUCGCCAUCCCCUGUAGCGACCAUGACCUGCAGUCACACCCAAGUAUCUAGUCAGGAUCUUGCUUCUCCGGAGUCGAAUAACCAAACGGUGAUGUGGGCGGUUACCAGUAUAUCCAGCGUACCGCCAGGCAGUAUAAUUAUAAAUCCACAAACGAAUCAGCCGUACACCAAUCCGGAUGGUUCGAUUUAUCGUUUUGACCCGGAGAAUCCACCUAAAUUUUAUACUGCUGCAUUGCCGCACGAGAAUGAAAGGAAUAAUAGUAUGUCGCCCACCAAGAAUAUAGAAGUAUCCGAGCCAUCCAAAGUGACACAGAAUAACGCAAAGAAUGAUAAUAAAAAGAAAUCGCAGUCUAACAAGCACAACGGUGGCAAUACAACGACGGUGACUCAUGUAACAAACUCCGCAACAUCGCCGAGUUUGCCAUUCACGCCACCACCUCAACAGAAUUCAGGACCAGUGCAACAACAACAGCAGCAGCAGCAGCAGCAACAACAGCAGCAGCAAACGCAGCAACAACAGCAGCAACAACAACCACCACAUCAACAACAGCAACCGCAGCAGCAACAAAUUCUAGUCAAAUCGUCAUCGACGGUGCAAACUUGUAAUCAUAACCAAGCAGCUCAACCAUACACGACCUACGUACCUACCUCAGAGCCGUAUAACCAGGGUGUCUAUCCACCCUCCGUGGGGCAACAGACUGUGAUGAUGGCUCCUCAUCCGAGCCAAAAUCAGGCAAAUAUUCAAAACAAUGGUCAGAGUGAUGUAUUUAAUCAGAAUUCGGUUUACGCGAAUUAUGCAGUACCUGUGCAACAAGGACCAGUGUCGCAGACAACGGAGAUAACUGAAUUGUCGGGAUAUUUCAUGGGCAUGAGUAUCUACGACCAACGCAUGACCGGUGAUAAUCAUUCUACGCCACCGCAAUCUUACCCGCAACCGCAACCAUCUACAAAUCAGGCAGUACAGAAUGUACAGACGAUGCCACAAAAUUACUGGCAACCACCGCCUAAUUCUGUACCGCCACAACAAACGAUGUAUUUCGUACCUCCGCCUGGUGCAGCGCUUUCAGUCAGUCAAGGUCCAAGUGACAGACAACCAUUGCAUCAGCAACAGAGAUUUACAACAAAUUACUCUUUCAAUGCACAAACUAUGACUCCUCCGAGCCAAUCAAAUUCUAAUUACGUGGGUAAUUAUCCAGUCCCUUACAAUUCGAUGCCCGCUGUAACACCGACACCAGGCGAUUACACGUAUCAACCACCAGUUCAUAUGGUACCUACGUACUAUCCACCAAGUCAAACGGCGAUUCAGCCACCACCUGUCAUGUACAGAGUGCCAACACCACCAAAUACUCCAACUUCUAAUCAGAUGCCUGGAAUGCCAUUGAUGUACGUCAACUCUGGUAGUUAUCCGCCACCAACGAUGGUAUCCAACGGAACAUUUGGCCAUCAAGUUGGACACAAUGGAACUUCUCCUGCACCUCCUGGAACUUACAUGACUCCUGCGCUGGUUCCCAACCUCGUUUUUAGACAAAAUGUUCCUGUUGUUGCUGGCGUUCGAGCUUCAACGCCAGGUAACUCUCAGAGGACUAGCAGGUCACCGACUCCAGCACAUGAACUGUUCGGAAGUGGGAGCGGGGACAGAAGCGCACAACCCCAACCACGCUACCCACUGCCAAUGUAUCAGGGUGUCCAUAUUGUUCAAGGAGAUAUGAGAUUAAUGCAUCCCGCAGUACCAGCCAAUCCGCGGUUACAGUAUGCACCAGUACCAUCACCACCUGUUGUUCAAGGUUGUCCACGACCAUACCGACCGCCUUCUUAUUCGUCGAACAACUCAGGUGCUGGUACACCAACCUCGUUUGAUGGAAGAAAUCAGAAAAUUCGUAAACAGAGGGACCGUGAAGGUGACAAUCACCCGGCGGAACCAACUGGUACAAUAUUAAAUACCUGGGCCAAUUUUGGAAAAAAAGGAUCAGCGCUGAACAUGAAGAAGAAGGCAAUUAAAUCGUUAGGCUGAUUGAAAGGAAUCUGGAUAAGCAGCUCGUGGUUUAUUGCUAUACAUACAUACACGAUUCUUAUUAAUAAUAUUAACGAUAUCUUUAAUUAAAUAUCUAAGAGAAAAGAGAUAUAAAAAGCACAUACUAAACUAAAGUAUAAAAUUCACAAAAAUCGAAGAAGAAACAAACGAGAACGAAAACCAUCUCUAAGAUUAAAAAAAAAAAAAAAAGAAAGAAAGCGUUAUACAUCCCUUUUGAUAAAACGCGGUGAAUGAUAAUACCAACACACACAUACACACACAAAAAAAAAGAUGUAAAAGAAAAAGGAAGCCACAUGGAAUUCGUUCAUACCGAAUAAAAAUCUGAAUUAUCAGAAUAUUCGAAAAAAAAGAAGAAAGAAAAGGAGAAGCAAAGGAAAAUAUAUUGCAUGUGCAAAGAAAAGAAUAAUCUGUGCGUUGUUUUUUGGCGUAGGGAACGAUAGGCACAGUGGUACACACCGAACCGAGUUACUGAACAGAAUUUUAACUAUUAUAAUUAUUAUAUAUUAUAUAUACAGUAUAUUAUAUUAUAUCUGGAGAUAUUUUAAUCGCGGUUUUACAGAUACUAUAUGAAUGUGAGAUUUACUUUUAAGAAAAAGUACUUUUAAAAUGAACACAGAUAUAUAUGCAUGGAUUGCCUGGCUCGGUCUACAGAUCAGUCUCGACUGGCUAGGAAAUCCUUAUUACAAAUAAUGUACGAGUAUUAUAUAAAUACACGUUACUGAGUACGUUUACAGUAGCAGCCGCAAACGCUGUCCAGCCAGAAUCUUUUGGUCGGAUCUACGUUCUUUCAGGAAUGAUCAUUGCUCACUGAUUCUUCUGUGUACUGCCACCAAAAGAAUUGCGUUAAUCUUAAACAAAACCAAAACGAGAAAAAAAGUAAAAAAAAAAAAGGAAAGAAAGAAGAAGCAGGACGAACAAAAGUAAUUGCUGCCAGUCAUGAUUCGCGGACAGAAUGAAAUUAUUUGCUACCUCAAUUUUAUAUCGAAAAGAUUUUUCAUGUUAUCGGCCUUUUACGAAGUUGUAAACUCUUUCAAGAAAGCUUCUGAUUCUUUUCAUUCGAGGAACGAGACUAACCACGAUUUCAUCGAAUAUUUAAUGAUAUUUGCAAUGUGAUUUAUUGUAUAUAAGUAUCGCGUAAACGAAAUGUUUUCGAUCAAGGAGAGAAACGUGAUUUAUAUUCGAAACAUCCUCUCUGGCAUAAUAAUCGUCUCCCUAUGAUACCUUGCAUUCUAAGAUUCCUCAACGCUUCUGAUCUCUGACGAUUACUUUAGUACAAGUUAACGUAUCGCUCGUGAAGAGAACAUGUAAACGUAUUCAGUAUAUGGAUCUAUAUAACUAGUUCGACACAAGUAGUUAAGUAGCGCGAAACCAUCACAGCUUUAGUGUCACAGAAAAAAAACCUGCCUCGCAUGCGUCUUUAAAAAAAAAAGAAAAAAAAAGAAGAAGAAAUACAUUCUUUUCCUUUUUCCGUUGAUUGUCCAUAAAUAGGGAAUUGAUGUGAAGUUUUAGCCAAUACGAGACGCGCACGUUUAAUGACAAGCAUUAUUAUUUUGUAAGGUUCCUCCGCGAGGAGAAUGAAAAUGAAAAUGCAACAGAUGCUUCACACAGUAACUAUGAUUCGUCUUCCAAGCUUCACAGCACGCUUCUGUAUCCUAUAGAUAUCCGAACUACGUAAUUAGAUAUACUUUUCACGCCCGAUUCUAUGAAGAAGCAAUAUAUAUAUUAGUUUGGCAGCGGUGAUGGUGACGCGUGAUUGUCGUAAUUAAUAAUGUCUCCGUCUGUGAAAAUAAUUCAUCUGCGGAUCAACGUAGACGAUCUUGGUGUCACAAUUAAUAUUCAUACUUAAUUAAUAAUCGAUCUGCUCCCCGAAAUUGUGUUAGAUUUAAUUUUUUAAAUAUUUCGAACAUAAUUGAAAGAUCGUUCUUGGUUUUUGGCAAGAUGUGUACGUUGUUUCGCACGAGAAAUACCAAGUGGAAUCCAUCCAGAAGCUUCGCUUACGGUGAUUGUACUUCAGGACGUAGGUGAAGGGUGUGCCUAUCUUUUUAUGUGAAGUUAAUUAAAACGAGAGAAAAAAAAACGCGCGCACCGCGACCUUUUAUCUACCCUAUGCCAAGCGACGCGAAAGAGAGGCACUACUUUCUUCGUAAGAAAGCGUGAUAAAUUUAACUAAAAUGUUUUAGAUUUAAAAAUGAAAAUGAGUGAAAAGAAAGAGUAAAACAAAAAGAGAGAACGCGAGAGAGAGAGAGAGAGAGAGAGAGAAAGACGUAGCCUGGGAACGAAAGAGAAACCUAAGCAGAAUAAAUAUUAGACGGUUUCAAUUAUAAAGAGAACCCAAAUGUUUCAAUUAUAAAGAGAUGGGCGCACAACAAAGUAGUGUUUAACUGUACCUAAAGUCGUCGUAGUGAUUAAUGAAGAUAAUUGUACCUAUAACUUAAAGAAAAAAAAGAAAAAAAGAAAAACAGUUCAUGAAUCUCUCUAAAACAUAAUUAACAAACGAAGGAAAAGAAAAAAAAAAGUGAAACAGGAUUAUAAUCGACUAUCGAGAGAAAAAUCGCCUGCAAGUGUCGUUCGUCAUUUUACUCAUCACGUUCAAACACAUUAUUUUGAAAUAUUACGAGGAUGGGACGUGAGAAAACAAUGGAAGAAGUACAUAAUAUUGUAUAAUAAUAAUAAUAAUUUAUGGUCGAGCGUUAUUUGCAGGUAUUCGCGCUUAAUGUGCAACCGGAGCAGCUGAACCAAAGUCAUGAUUGUAAUUGCACAGUCACAUUUAUUUAUUUUUUCAUUUCGCUCGCAUGCGCUUUUAUCAGGAUGCUCGAUGCAGCUACCUCUUACACCACGGUCGUUCUUAUUUUACAGAUAAUUGCUUUAUUUAAUACACAUAUGUUAUAAACUGUGAGAAACUAUGUGUAAGAAAGAAUUCAGAUUUUCGAGGUGAUCGGUAGUUAUAUCGAGCACCGUUCACAAGUGAUUUCGUAAGUUUGCCUGAGCUAUUUUAACAAAGUAAGAAGAGAAAAACAGAGGGAUAAAGAAACAACAGAGAAAGAGAGAAAGAAAGAGAAUCGUUCGAUUAUCGGAUGAUGAAUGGGCUCGGGGAAUAUUAAAAAAAAAAAGAAAAAAAAAAAGAAACUAUAUAACGAUCGAAGAGAACGGGUGAUGAAGUCGUUGUGACUUCGCAAGACCUCACGUUCGUUUCCUACUAUUUUUGUAUGCAACAUAAGAAAAAAAGGAGAUUGAUGGUAGCGAGAGAAUU